AAGUCGCCUCUGGCCACGAAGAGAGAGAGAGAGAGAGAGAGAGAGAGAGAUUUUGAUUGUAAGAUUGUAGUGAAGACAAAUCAGUAAAUCAGAAGAACGGACUAUAAGAUGAUUUAUUCCUCUGUGUGAUCUGAAGAUAAAGUGAGCGGCUUUGAGGAAGUUCAGCUCGAAGUCCUGUUUACUUCCUCACUUUAACUUUAAACUCCACUCGACAACUUGGGCAGAAGCUAAGCAGCUAAUUUAGUCCAGGCGUAAAGAAGCUGAAGCAUGACGUCAGAAGAGGAGAGAUACAAACUGGUGGUGGUGGGAGGAGGAGGUGUGGGUAAGAGUGCCCUCACUAUACAGUUUAUACAGUCGUACUUCGUGUCUGACUACGACCCAACCAUCGAGGACUCGUACACCAAAAUCUGCACCGUGGAUGGGAAGGAGACCCGACUAGACAUUCUGGACACAGCUGGUCAGGAAGAGUUUGGGGCGAUGCGAGAGCAGUACAUGCGAUCUGGAGAAGGCUUCUUACUGGUGUUCGCUCUGAAUGAUAUUGGAAGCUACAAUGAAAUCCAGAAGUUUCACACUCAGAUCCUGAGGGUAAAAGAUCGAGAUGAUUUCCCCAUGGUCCUUGUCGGCAACAAGUCUGAUCUGGAGCAUCAGAGAGUGGUUUCCAGAGAAGAGGCCAUGUCUUUUGCCAAAGAAAACCGGAUCCACUACAUGGAGUCGUCAGCGAAGAACCGCUACAACGUGGAUGAGGCUUUUCUGGAGGUGGUGCGAGCAAUAAGAAAGUUUCAGGAGACAGAAAGUCCUCCUCAGCUCGCGAAUCACGCCAGGAAGCAGAAGAGCGGCGGGUGUCCCUGCACCAUCCUCUGAUCGCCUUUACACUGUCGCCAUGGAGAUUGAUGCCCCCCCCAUGUCUGGUGCCGUGUAUGUGUGUGUGUGUUCGUGUGUGUGUGCACACCUGCCUUAUCAGCCGACGAGGAGCGAGUGAGUCAGGAGUGUGUGUGAUUCUGUUCAUACAAAGGUGUUUAAAUGUGUUUAUUUUUUAACCUGCACUUUUUUACAUUAAGUACAUUUUAAAGUGUAUCCUUCUGAUUUAAUAUGUUAAGUUUAUAGUUUUGAGCAUUUCAGAGUGUGUGUUUAGCAGUGUAGCAAGCAGAAAUGAACACAGCUGUACAUAUAUCCCGUGUGUGUGUGUGUGUGUGUGUGUGUGUGUGUGUGUGUUUGACCUACACACACACUUUGUGUCUGAUUAAGCUGCUUUAUUAUUCACUGAAUAUAACAUUAGAAGGUAAAGUGUUUUUCUCACACUUUCUCUCCUGUGUGUGUUUUAAUACAGAUAACAGAAAAGAACAGAAAUCCUGUUUACUCCAAAUUUACUAAUAACAUACAUGUAAAUGCAGCUCAAUAAAGAGUCAAUCAGAAGCUCAAUGAGACGAGAGACGGGAGAGAAAAUGUAACUUAAAACUUAAAAUUGAUAAUUGAAUAGUUUUGGAGACCUUUACAGAUUUAUUUAUACACCAUAGAUGAUGUCAUCAGUGUUUUAUUUCAGUAAACAUUUAUGACGGGUUUCAGCAGCAACAUUUAGACUUCUGAUCUCUUUGUGGUCUGAAGUAAACUACUUCUCUGUUCUUUUCUCACUGCAUGGACACACACACACACACACACACACACACACAGAGGAGAGAGAUCAGAGGAAAACACUGUAGAUUACCUUUAAUCAAUUGUAGUUGACCGGAGCUGUGUGAAAACCUUUUUUAGCUUCGUUAGCUGAUCAUCAGCCCCUUCACCAGGACAGUGUGUUAAACAGGAGGCUAUAAUCUCCUCACUAUAUUAACCUCUUGGCUUCAGUUUAAGAAUAAAGAAGUCAAACACACACAGAACACGUCUCGUGUUCAGGCUAGCUAUCAUUUUUUAUCCACACUUGUGUGACAGUGAGCUGUGGUGUGAUGUUUGCAUUUAGAUUUUCUGCAUAUGACACAUACUUUGGUAAAGGAGCGAAUAAUAAAGUGUUUGUCUCAAAUGAUUCCUCAGACCAAUCCUAUGACAUCCUAUUUGUUCCCAGCUGAAAUUAGUUCCCAGCUACACACAAGAAAAACCUAUAUGCAUGGUUUCAUCUAUCGUUUAAAAUGCAUGUAGAUCCCUUAGGAAGAUGAGUAAGGCUCGAUGGUUGGUGUGUACAGUGAGGGUACAUAACUACUGCAGUUAGCUGGAUUCGCUAAUCUGAGAAGGCUCUGAGUGCAUAACACAUCCAGUUUGUUGUGUUGAGGUUAACUAGUUAGCAUAAAGAGCUGUAUUUACACCUACUACACUUUGUUUUUGUAGGGUUUAUUUAAUAAAAACUCUGGACAUUCAUCACCUGUGUAUGUAAAUGUACAGGGAAAAUAGUGCACAUUUCAUUUUUGGCUCAGCUUUCGUUUUAAUGCAAGGAAGCCGUGUGUGGUGUUUAUUCUGUUUGUGCUGUUUUUAAUGCUAGUUGGGUUUUUACACCAAGUGAGUGUUUUAAAACCAGGACAUAAAUAUAAAACAGUCCGGUUACGAAAAUCCUGCAGUGUUUUCUUCUGAACUCCUCACUCUUUGUUGUGAUUUUAUUAACCUGACUGAUGAUCACGAUGACUUCAUGUAAAAUAAAGAAAGGGUUGAGGUGAAGUGAUGAUGGUAUGUGAGUGAACGGCUCCAGUGUCAGUUUUAAUAUAACCUUUAACCAAAGAACAUGCAGUUAAAUGAUGAACUGUUUGCACACCUUACAUUAAGCAAAAGUAGUUUGACACUAAACCAGUUUUAUGUAUUUUUGUACUGUAAAGAACGGUGUGUGUGUGAGACAGAGAGAAGGUACUCCUUUUAAUGAAUAUGCAGAAGCCUUUGUUUGUUGUACUUUUAAGAGAAACUGCUGCCGCACUGCUCUUUAACCACCAGAGGGCGCUGUACACACACCCUUCACAUUCAGAUUAGAGUCCACGUCAAGGACUAUGUCUGUGUGUCAGUCUGUGUGUGUCAGUCUGUGUGUGUGUGUGUGUGUGUGUGUGUGUGUGUGUGUGUGUGUGUGUGUUAAUGGUAAAUGAUAAUGUUCCAUACAGCACAGGUCUCAUUAUUUCAAUCAUUUUAAAUCAAACUCUUCAGUGGCUUCUAUUGUAGAAAUUGUCCACAUUUUAUUUUAUACUUAAUUGAAUUAAAAACUUCUUUUGUACACAAUUAAAGUAGUAUUUACGUAAAA